GGUCGUUUUGCAAAUGCAGUCCAAUGUAUCAUGAUGCAGUUUGUUCCUCCCGGUACACAAGAAGUCAAAUGGCAGAAUGUACUGCCUGGGGAGAUAUUCAUUUUGAAUCGUUUGACGAGGCUGACUUUCACAUUCAGAAUGACCUCGAAAUGAAACUGGUAAACGGGUAUGGGACUAUGCCUCAUUUUGAAGUUAGAGUAUUACCAUAUUUUAAAAGUCCAGGGGAUCGUGUUUCUUACAUUAAAAGAAUUUCCAUUUUAACAAGAGGCGACACAAAACAGACUUUAAUCGAGAUACUUCAUAAAGACAGCAAAGGGCA